AUGGUUUCGCGAGCUCUUAUUACCGGUCUGAGGGCCUGGCAGCUUAUUUGCGCCAUCCUCGUCGUGGCCUUCAUGGCCAACAACAUUGAUCGCGCAGACAACGGAACCCACAGCAUCGUCAACUACUCGCUCUUCGUGGGUCUGUGGUGGCUCCUGUCUCUGAUCUACUUCAUCCCCACAUCCUUUAUCGACAAGUUCAGCAUCCCCAUUGUCGAUGUCGCCAUGGACGCGCUGAGCGUGCUCUUCUCGUUCUGCGCCGCCGUUGCGCUGGCCGCAUAUCUCGGCGCGCACAGCUGUUCGAACAGGGCCUACACCACCUCAAAUGGCGUCUGCAACUCCUCGGCUAACACCGAGCAAAACUGCCGCCAGGCGCAAGCCACCUGCGCCUUCCUCUGGUUCGGCUUCGCCGCCUUUGUCGCAACCCUCGCCAUCAACGUCAUGAACGGCAGCGGCAGCGGCGUCAACAUGCGCGGCGGCAUCCGCCGUGGCGGACCCUCCAUGAGCCAGGUCUAG